GAUGUUUUAUUAUUAACAGACAUAAUAGAAAAUUUUAGAGAUAUUUCUUUAAAAAAUUAUAAAUUAGAUCCUAUGUGGUAUUUUACAACACCAGGAUUUGCAUGGGAUUGUAUGUUAAGAAUGACAAACGUAAAAUUAGAUUUAUUAACAGAUAUAGAUCAAAUAUUGUUGUUUGAAAAUGGAAUCAGAGGUGGUUUAUCUCAAUGUAGUCAAAGAUAUUCAAAAGCAAAUAAUAAAUAUAUGGGAGAUAAAUUUAAAAAAAAAGAGGAAUCAAUAUUUUUAGAAUACUUGGAUGCAAAUAAUCUUUACGGUUGGGCAAUGAGUAAAUAUUUACCUACUGGAGAUUUCAAAUGGGUUGAUAAUCUAAAUGAUUUUGAUGUAAUGAAUAUUUCUGACAAAUCAUCUAAAGGUUAUAUUUUAGAAGUCGAUUUAACUUAUCCUGAAGAACUUCAUGAUCUACAUUCAGAUUUCCCUUUAGCACCGGAAAGACAUUUUGAUGACAAACAACUCCCAAAAUUAUUAACAACUUUGUAUGAUAAGAAAAAAUAUAUAAUACAUUAUGAAACACUAAAAUUAUAUAUUAAAUUAGGUUUAAAAAUAGAGAAAAUUCACAGAGUUUUAGAAUUUAGUCAAUCUCCUUGGUUAAAAGUUUAUAUUGAUUUUAAUACUAAUCUUAGAUCAGAAGCUAAGAAUGAUUUUGAAAAAGAAUUUUUCAAAUUAAUGAAUAAUAGUGUUUAUGGACGUACUAUGAUGAAUGUUCGAAAUCAUGUUGAUAUAAGAUUAUGUUCUAAUGCACUCCAAGUAGAAAAAUUAAUUGCAAAACCAAAUUUUGAUCGAAGAACA